AUGGCAAAACUCACUGAUGAUGCCGACUACGAUGCCGGCGAAACGUUUGAGAAUGUCUUGGUGCGGAGAAUGGCAAGUCUCACUGAUGAUGCCGACUACGAUGCCGGCGAAACGUCUGAGAAUGUCCAAGUACAUUGUCUGAUGCUGGGAAUUAUGACAACUACUGUGGCAGAGGACUUCGGACUAGGUGCGUUCUACUAA